AUGGCUACCGCAACCAACCACGCGGAACAAAUCCAGAAAACGCCAUUUGUGAAAGAAUUGGCUUCAAGCGAGCGCAAAACUCGCGAUAAAGCCUUGGAAUCACUGUCACUCUUCCUGCGCGCCCGCCGCGAUUUAUCUCUCCUCGAACUCUUGAAGAUUUGGAAAGGUCUAUUCUUCUGCUUCUACCACUCCGAUCGUCCACUCACCCAACAAGCCCUCGCACGUGAUCUUUCAUAUACCCUCGUUCCCAGUCUUCCGCGAGAAAGCCGACUGCGAUUUCUACGUGCGUUCUGGAUUACUAUUGGCCGCGAGUUUCAUGCUCUGGACCGGCUACGAUUGGAUAAAUAUCUGUUGCUGAUCAGAUACUACGUCGGGGUUGCCUUUGAGGUGUAUCUGCAGGGACAAAUUGGGCAGUCGGAUAACACCGGCGAUGUUGGCCGCGAUGGAAAGAAAAGGAAAAGGGCGGGGGAAGAAAAGUCCAAAAAUGGGAAAAGGAGGAAGCAAGAUUCUGCUACAGCCGAAGCAAAGACGGAAGAAAACAAUAUUAAAGGCGAGAAAUGGGCGGAAUUAGAGUCUUACAUAACAUUGCUCGAGCAAGGGCCCCUUUGUCCGAUAAACUUCGAUCCGACGGAGGAAGAUGAGUCAAAAGAGAAAAAGUCCGAGGAAGAUUCGAUACCGAUGCCGCAUGGUCCCGAUGGUCUUCGGUAUCAUAUCAAUGAUAUAUGGCUUGACGAGCUUGCCAAAGUUAUUGAUACGAAUAGUGGUGAGGAUGAGGGGGAGGGACAGAAAUCGCUGAAGGAUCGAUUUGAUAUCCCCAUGGAUUUGUUGUUGCGGCCAUUUAAGAAAUUGAAGAAUGAGUGCCCGACAAAGUCUGUUCGGCUUAGGGUAUCUCGUGAGGUUUUGGAGGAUGCGAGACUCGUCGAGUGGGGAUUCAGAGAAAAGGUGGUGGAGGAAGACAGUGAUGUGGAAGAAGAUGAGUGGGAUGGGCUGGGGGAUUAG